UUGUUUGUUGAAACUGUUUUAACUUUAAUCUUCUUUUUAGAUUAAACUAUUUAUUAACUAUUAUAACUCAUAUUUCCCCGUUUGCCGUUUACAGUGUUCUAAAUAUUUCUUCAGUCGUUUGUGGUUAUAAAGUUUUUUAAAUUAAAAUUGUGAACAUUAUAGAAGUUAAAUUUUAAGGAGCUGUAAGACAAACUAUUGAUCCAACACUAUUGAAUUCAAUUAGAAUAACUUCAAUAUGACUACACCCACACCAGAAAAUCAAGAUCAGUUUGAUCAGUUUGAGGAUGAAGACACAGAACAACAACUGGGUGCAACAGCGUCAGGUAGAAAAAGAUUGUUCAGUAAAGAGCUCAGAUGUAUGAUGUAUGGGUUUGGAGAUGACCAGAAUCCUUACACAGAGAGUGUCGACUUUCUAGAAGAUCUUGUUAUUGAAUUUAUCACUGAAACUACACACAGAGCAAUGGAAGUCGGCAGACCAGGCAGAGUACAAGUUGAAGACAUAAUAUUUCUUGUGAGAAAGGACCCACGCAAAUAUGCGAGGGUCAAAGACCUUCUAACCAUGAAUGAGGAGCUCAAGAAAGCUAGAAAAGCUUUUGAUGAAGUCAAAUAUGUUGAAGACCAACAGUAAGUUUGGUGUUCGUUCGCAACUGACGAUGCAAGUAACAAUGAAAUGAUCUUUUGCCACAUCGCUUUUGUGUUUGCACUGUGUACUAAAUGCUACAAAUAUUAAUUAUUGCUUUGUGUGUUGUUAAAUUAUGCUAAUAAAUGUUCAGCACAAACUAA